AAUAAUAUUAAUAAUAUAAUAAGUCGCGUGGUGUGUAAUAGUUAUUACGGAAAAUACCGUAGUUUGCCGUUUUGUGUGUUUAAAUAUAAGAAAGAUAAGUGCAAUCAGUGCAUAUAUGUAUACUACAUAUAAAAAUUGCGCUGGUAAAUUGGUGUAAUUGUACUUCAGCGAGUUAGAAGCGCGUCCAUCUCGCUCUAGCUUAGGUUUCUGAAAAUAAAAUUUAUCGCGUUAUGUUUUGAUCGCUCGAAUCGUUUAGAAUAUAAUACCUGUAAUGUUGCAAUUUUCAGACAGGAGCAAUUAACUAAAAGUUCUAUGAAAAAUUAAACGUAUUUUAUUGUAUUGGAAAUCAGUUAAAUUGUUCUGCAUGUAAAAAGCAAUUCGAAAUGUAUCAACACAUUCAAUUACGAAGAUCGUCAAAUUGGUCUUCUAAAGCCACUUCCCAAAAAGCGGACGGAUUAAAUACGUUUAAAGAAAAGGAAGUUAUUGAAAUCUACGAUGACGAUGAUGUGCUGGUUUUAAAGGAGUUGUCUAAUAAAAUGGAUGAACUUGAAGAAGUAAUUUUAGUUGAAGAUGAUGAUGCUUUAAGUUUACCACAAUUAAGUAAUGAGAGUUGGAACGAUUUCGUGGAUGAAUUAACAAAAAAAUACGAAUAUGACGCGCUUCAAUCAACUUCCGUACCUCAGACCACUAAAGCAAAGAGAAAAUUCCAUAUUUCUGCUCGUAAUCUAUCACGAGCACAACGAGGUUAUGCCGCAACUAGAGAUGAAGAUGAAAGUGUGAUCAAUAUCAGUAGCGACGAAGAUGAACAAUCUAGUACAGUUCUACCUACAGAGCAUACACAUUCUUCGAGUAAGGAUUUCUCUCCAACGAUACAAGUACCAGCGGCUACUAAUAGCUGCACAUCUCCAUCGCAGUGCGAGUUGUUAACAUCAGUGGUGAAUGAAGGUAUUAAGAGUUUAGAAGAAGAAAAUAAAUUGGACAGUGGUCAGUUAAUUGAGCAUAGCGCAACAGCAGCAACCGAAAGAGUAAAUAAUGAAACAACUCAACAAAGUACUGAGCCAAUUUCAAAUUUAACGCUGCUUGUGGCGGACGCGCAAAGCCCCAUACAGCACAAUGUCAUGACUGAAUCAAAUAGCAGUACUGCCUGCACAGAUAAUAUAACAUUAUCAGAGUCUUUGCGGAGCAAGUCCCCUAGUCUGAGCAAACAUAAAGGGUUGUCUGGAAUUAACAAAAAGUACCAUGACAUUAAACGUAGAACAUAUAAAUUGACAUUUCAUCAAAUUUUACAAAUAUUCAACAUUGAAGAGGCGGCCCUAUCAGCUAUAGGUGCAGUACCUGGUGAACCUAUAGAGUUGGACUUUCCAGAUCUUGAUAUGAGAGAGUUUGUGAAAAUAGUCAAAAAUUACCAAGAGACAGAGUCCGUAGAUGAUGUGAGACACUUAUGGACGCAGAUUAAAAGUUGGUUAAGCGCCAUGAAACCAGCAUAUGGUACCACUACAAACUACACGAAAUAUCACAAAAAGCUAAAUUGGUACUUAUCUGAGUUAAUGGCGCAAUAUAUCAAAUUCGAAAUAGAGCACAGCAUACAAAAUGAAAACUACUAUAAAUUGAAAAUGGAGGCGUUGAUGCAUACCGUAUCCUCCUUGCUGAAUGAUGAUGUUAAUUUGAAAAUUUUAACUUUGCUGCGUACAAAUUUCCCCGAAAGGCCCAGCAACUUUCUGGAUGAUCUCUUCAAGAAAUUCUUAACCCACCCGAAAGUGCGUUUGGAAAACAAUGAUUACGGUAUUUAUCGGCUGAAAGUUUUAGCUUUUCAAAAAUGGAUGCACUAUUCAAAUAGAAAAAAAGAAGAUAUAGUGAAUAUUGCGAUUAAGGAGGGUUCUGCUUAUCUGCCAAGACUGGUGCCAAAAAAUACAGAGGAUGCAUUCUAUAGAGUUGAUUACAAUGUUCAGCUAAUUGAUGAUUACGAUAAGCAAGGCACAAGAAAACUAUUGGCGGAGAACGUUAGCAUUGAUGUGCUAAAAAAUACAAUCAAUAACUAUCUGCUGGUGUACGAAAGGCAACUAUUUGAUGAUUUCGUUUAUAGAUUAUCGCGUCGUCAAUGUUUGGAGCACAGAAAUUCGGCUGCAUCUACAAUCAACACUGAAGAUUCUACUCUAAAUUGUCUACAAUCAACACUGAAGUCCGGAAGUCCUGCUUUUAAAGACAAACGCCGGGCGUACCUCAUCGCGUCUCCAGGGAGGAAGCUAUGUAUGCGCAGGUACAGCCCGAAGGCGAUUACAUUGAGGACAUAUGCGCGCCAAUGUAAUCCUCGACGAAUGCAUCAAAGACACAACCACAAGAACAACAUUCGAGCAACGUAUUUACCAUUUACCGGAUGUGAUUUGCAGAAAAAUAGGUUAAGAAGGCAAUGUAGGUCUUUAGUGGCUAGGUCCCAAUGUGAUAUUAGUUUAAGUUGUAAAACCUUAAGUACUAAAGAUAUUUCGCUCGAUUCAACCGAUGAUGAAGCUGAUAAAGAUUAAAGAGAAAGUUUAAACAUCGAAAAGUUAAGUAUGAUCACUAAAAAAUGAAGUCGACACAAUUGUAUUGGACCCUGGACUCGGAAAAUGAAACCAGUACGGCACCUGUGGAUACUGAAGAAGCGAGAAACAGCGAAAUGGAGAGACUCAAACGAAGCGCUCCAAAAGCGCAAUGCAAGUGCUUACCAAAAUGCGCUCGAAGUCGGCACAGUGGCGAUUUUGGAGCGUCGCGAACUAGAUCAGCCGGUUGUUACUGAUGAUAUCUACAACGGUAUCAUUAUACCGAUGGUUGGUGGCUAUUAAAAAGUGGUAGAAGAGGCCACCUCACCUACAGCAGUAUUUCACCGCAUACAGUCGCUUCAGAAAGGAAUUGCAGCAAAAGCUUUGACAAUUGUCGAGCCAAUGCCAGACGUGCUGGCUGGACUCGUAGGAUUAAUGAUGGAAGUGUGUCAGCCAGUUUCUGAACCCAUGAAAAGGUCGGACAUCGUUGGACACUUAUUGAUGGAGGCGCGUGAGCCAUUUUUUGAACUCACGAAAAGGUCGGUCAUCGAUAGGGACUUAUUUAUGAAUGUGUGUGAGCCAGUUCCUGAACUCACGAAUAGUUCGGAUGUGGACUAUAACAAAGACGAAGAAGAAGCAAGCAGAACGGUCGUGGAAACUAAAUCAGCUAAAAUUGAAGAAGACCUUUCAUCCAAUCAGUUCUCGGAUGAAGUUUUAUGUGAAAAAUUCGGCGAAGCUAUGGAAGAAGUAACUACAUUGGAAGAGCAAACGAUGCACGACAGUCGGUCUACAAUUAGUUCCGAUCUUGAUGCUGAGAGCUCAACUAAAACCGCAAAAUCAACUCAGCUAAGCUCUGAAGAGAAUGAAGAAAGAGAGAGACAACAUUGGGUAAAAAAUAGUAAAGAAAUCGUACCGACCCAAGAAUGUAAUAUUUUGAAAGAUGUCUGUUUUUAUAAGGUUAAGACAUUAAAGAUGAAGAAGAAAGGGACAAAGUUGAAGAUAUCGAAUGUAAUAGCAGAAUACCUCACAAAGGAUAUGGAAAGUUUACUGAAACCAGUUGAAGAUGUGGAUGACGGUAAUAAAUUAUUAUUGCAAGAAAAGGAGAUAACGGCUGAAAUGAAUAUGGAUCAAGAGAAAGGUGAGACACUCGCUACAAGUAUAGAUAAGAGUAACUUAGAAGUUGGAAAUAUGGAUACUCGAGGAAGAAAGAUAUUCCAACAAACAAGGAAAAAGGAAAGACGCACAAAAAAUACCCAAACUACUCAAGUACCUACAGCAGCCGCUGCAGAGAAUCCUGCAAAACCAUUCUCAUCAACUGCUGUUAAAAAUGCCGAGGAGCAGAAGCAACCUGUAUUAGGCAUGCUUACAAUACCUCCACCAGUCACAGUAGAUAAACCUCUAAUAACAUCCUCAACAACUACUGUUAAAAAUGCCGAGGAGCAGAGGCACCCCGUAUUAGGCAAGCCUAAAGUGAAACCUACAAUAACAUCCUCAACAACUACUGUUAAAAAUGCCGAGGAGCAGAACGAACCCAUAUUAAGGAUGCCUAUAAUACCUCCACCAGUCACAGCAGAGAAACCUGCAAUAACAUCUUCAUCAACAUCUGUUAAAAAUGCCGAGGAGCAGAAGCAACCUUUAUUAAGCAUGCCUAAAGUGAAACCUACAAUAACAUCCUCAUCAACCUCUGUUAAAAAUGCCGAGGAGCAGAAGCAAAUCGUAUUAAGCAUGCCUACAAUAUCUCCAGCAGUCACUGCAGAGAAACCUGCAAUAACAUCUUCAUCAACUACUGUUAAAAAUACCGAGAAGCAGGAGGAACCUGUAUUGAACAUGCCUAAGGUGAAACCUACAAUAACAUCCUCAACAACUACUGUUAAAAAUCCCGAGGAGCAGAAGCAAACCGUAUUAAGCAUGCCUACAAUACCUCCACCAGUCACAGCAGAGAAACCUGCAAUAACAUCUUCAUCAACAUCUGUUAAAAAUGCCGAGGAGCAGAAGCAACCUGUAUUAAGCAUGCCUAAAGUGAAACCUACUAUAACAUCCUCAUCAACCUCUGUUAAAAAUGCCGAGGAGCAGAAGCAAAUCGUAUUAAGCAUGCCUACAAUAUCUCCAGCAGUCACUGCAGAGAAACCUGCAAUAACAUCUUCAUCAACUACUGUUAAAAAUACCGAGAAGCAGGAGGAACCUGUAUUGAACAUGCCUAAGGUGAAACCUACAAUAACAUCCUCAACAACUACUGUUAAAAAUGCCGAGAAGCAGAAGAAACUCGUAUUAACAGAAGAAACUCGUAUUAACAUGCCUAAAGUGAAACCUAUAACAUCCUCAUCAACCUCUGUUAAAAAUGCCGAGGAGCAGAAGCAAACCGUAUUAAGCAUGCCUACAAUACCUCCAGCAGUCACUGCAGAGAAAUCUGCAAUAACAUCUUCAUCAACAUCUGUUAAAAAUGCCGAGGAGCAGAAGCAACCCGUAUUGAACAUGCCUAAGGUAAAACCUGCAAUAACAUCCUCAUCAACAUCUGUUAAAAAUGCCGAGGAGCAGAAGCAACCAGAAACCUGCAUAACAUCUUCAUCAACAUCUGUUAAAAAUGCCGAGGAGCAGAAGCAACCUGUAUUAAGCAUGCCUAAAGUGAAACCUGCAAUAACAUCUUCAUCAACAUCUGUUAAAAAUGCCGAGGAGCAGAAGCAAACCGUAUUAAGCAUGCCUACAAUACCCCCAGCAGGCACUGCAGAGAAACCUGCAAUAACAUCUUCAUCAACAUCUGUUAAAAAUGCCGAGGAGCAAAAGCAACCAGUAUUGAACAUGCCUAAGGUGAAACCUGCAAUAACAUCUUCAUCAACAUCUGUUAAAAAUGCCGAGGAGCAGAAGCAAUCCGUAUUAAGCAUGCCUACAAUACCUCCAGCAGUCACUGCAGAGAAAUCUGCAAUAACAUCUUCAUCAACAUCUGUUAAAAAUGCCGAGAAGCAGAAGAAACUCGUAUUAAGCAUGCCUAAAGUGAAACCUGCAAUAACAUCUUCAUCAACAUCUGUUAAAAAUGCCGAGGAGCAGAAGCAAACCGUAUUAAGCAUGCCUACAAUAUCUCCAGCAGUCACUGUAGAGAAAUCUGCAAUAACAUCUUCAUCAACAUCUGUUAAAAAUGCCGAGGAGCAGAAGCAACCCGUAUUGAACAUGCCUAAGGUGAAACCUGCAACAACAUCUUCAUCAACAUCUGUUAAAAAUGCCGAGGAGCAGAAGCAAUCCGUAUUAAGCAUGCCUACAAUACCUCCAUCAGUCACUGCAGAGAAAUCUGCAAUAACAUCUUCAUCAACAUCUGUUAAAAAUGCCGAGAAGCAGAAGAAACUCGUAUUAAGCAUGCCUAAAGUGAAACCUACAAUAACAUCCUCAUCAAAUUCUGUUAAAAAUGCCGAGGAGCAAAAGCAACCCGUAUUAAGCAUGCCUAGAGUGAAUCCCGCAAUAGCAUCCUCUUCAAUUACUGUUAAAAAUGCCAAGAAGCAGAAGAAACUCGUAUUAAGCAUGCCUACAGUGAAAUUUGUAAUAACAUCCUCAUCAACUACUGUUAAAAAUCCCGAGGAGCAGAAGCAACCCGUAUUAAGCAUGCCUACAAUAUCUCCACCAGUCACUGCAGAGAAACCUGCAAUAACAUCCUCAUCAACUUCUGUUAAAAAUCCCGAGGAGCAGAAGCAACCUGUAUUAAGCAUGCCUAAAGUGAAACCUGUCAUAACAUUCUCAUCAACUUCUGUUAAAAAUCCCGAGGAGCAGAAGCAAACCGUAUUAAGCAUGCCUACAAUACCUCCACCAGUCACAGCAGAGAAACCUGCAAUAACAUCUUCAUCAACAUCUGUUAAAAAUGUCGAGAAGCAGAAGAAACUCGUAUUAAGCAUGCCUAAAGUGAAACCUACAAUAACAUCCUCAUCAACCUCUGUUAAAAAUGUCGAGCAGCAGAAGCAAAACGUAUUAAGCAUGCCUACAAUAUCUCCAGCAGUCACUGCAGAGAAACCUGCAAUAACAUCUUCAUCAACAUCUGUUAAAAAUGCCGAGGAGCAGAAGCAACCCGUAUUGAACAUGCCUAAGGUAAAACCUGCAAUAACAUCCUCAUCAACUUCUGUGAAAAAUUCCGAGAAGCAGAAGCAACCCGAAUUAAGCAUGCCUACAAUACCUCCAGCGGUCACUGCAGAGAAGCCUACAACAACAUCCUCAUCAACUGCUGUUAAAAAUGCCGAGAAGCCGAAGCAACCUGUAUUAAGCAUGCCGGAUCUCGAUUGGGUUUUUGAGCCGACUAUGUCCGAUGAACAAAUUACUGCUGCGUCGUCUAAUAACGUAGAACCCGAAGCAAUUGUCGACUCUACGACAACGGAAAUAUUAACAAAUCAGAAUGAAAACAUAUCAAAAACCGUCGAUGACGUCAGUCCGGAAACUAAACCGCUUACCGCAGCUACUGUGGACGCAGCUGCUUUAGAAAAAGUUACGCCACAGAAGUUAACCUCUGUUACACAACCACCGAAACGCGCCUCAUCACCCAAUGAAACAACCGAAGUGAAUACCAUACUCACACCCAUAAUUGUACAACCGAUAAUACGCAUACAAAGCCAAACCAACCGUUUAGAGCGCAUAGACCCCGCGCCAGGUACUUCACAGCAAGCUUUCCCAUUUACAAUACCGGAAAGUCUGCCGAAUUUAAUUGAUACGCUGGAUAUUAGUAAAAUUGAAGUAAAUGAUAUCAGUCGUCCAGAACGUAAUUCCACGCCCACACUCGAUGAACUUUUCAAAGAUGAAUACGAAUUAAAUUCAUCGAAUAAUUUGCUCUUAGUUCAGGACACAACUGCGCCGCUUCGAGAAUCACCGGUCAAACGUUUGUGUUUGGAAAAUGUUAACAAAACAAGAACAACAAAUGAAAAUUUCGACAUGUUGAAGAGCGAAGAAAAGCAGCAAAAGAAAGAGCAGUGCAAGCAAAAUGUUUCAAAAACAACCGAUUCGACUAGUUCUAAAACCGUUGAUUCGGUACCGAAGCCAACAGAAACUGAGAUAACGACAACGACGGUUUCGGACAAUGCACAUGUACACACGACAUCAGAGAACUACAAACAAAGCGCAGGCAGUCAGAAUGAAAAGAAAGUUGUAGAAAGUGCUAUAAGUAAACAACAACAACAGAAACCUUUGGAAGUUCAACCAACUAAGCAAAAGAUCAUCACGACACCAAAGGAUUUGGCUAACUCUACAACCGUUGAUUCGGUACCGAAGUCAACAAAAACUGAAAUAACGACAACGACGGCUUCGGACAAUGCACAUGUACACACGACAUCAGAGAAUUACACACAAAGCGCAGACAGUCAGAAUGAAAAGAAAGCUGAAGAAAGUCCUACAAGUAAACAACAACAGAAAUCUUUGGAAGUACAACCAACUAAGCAAAAGGAUGACAAAUUUUCUAGCAAUGAGGAACCGAUUCUAAUCUGUAAAGAGACAUUAAUUGCGCUGAAGAAACUCGAAAGUGCCGCCAGAUAUUGGGCACCGAUUACAAUGUUUGAAGAGUUUCAACCACUUUCCCCACUUGGAAUGAUGGAAGACUUUCAAUCACUUUCGCCGGGAAGCACGCCUGAAAGGUGUGCUGAAACAUAUACAGAUACAAAAUCAUCAGCUGAAAAACUGAGAGUAUCACCAAGACAACUCUUAGAAGAUUGCAAGGUAGAGAAGAGUGUACCAAAAAAAAUAGAAAAGUCAAAAAUUUUGCUCUCCCAAUCGAAUCAGUCAAAUGAUGUCCAGCAGUUGGGCACUAAAACUGAAUUACCCAAAAGUAGAUCCUCCACCACAAUGUCUAUGACUAAAUACGACAGCAUCAUAUGGUCACCGAUUGUAAUGAUGGAAGACUUUCAAUCACUUUCGGCGGGGAGCACGCCUGAAAGGUGUACCGAAACAUGUACUGAUGCAAAAUCAUCAGUUGAAAAACGGAAAAUAUCACCAAAAAAACUCAUAGAAGACUGCAAGGUUGAAAAGAGUAUACCAAAAACAUUAGAAAAGUCAAAAGUGUUACUCUCCCAACCGAAUCAGUCAAAAAGUAUACCCUCUAAAAAAACUCCUACGACUAAUUACGAAAGCACCGUAUGGACACCGAUUACAAUGAUGGAAGACUUUCGAUCACUUUCGGCAGAAAGUACGCCUGAAAGGUGUACUGAAACAUAUACAGAUACAAAAUCACCAGCUAAAAAACGGAAAAUAUCAGCAAGACAACUCAUAGAAGACUGCAAGGCAGAAAAUAGUGUACCAGAAACAUUAGAAAAGUUAAAAGAUUUACUCUCCCAACCGGAUCAGUCAAAUGAUGAUCAGCAGUUGUAUGCUAAAACUGAGCGACCCAAAAGUAUACCCUCCCCCACAAUGCCUACGCCUAAAUACGAAGGAGGCCGCGUAUGGUCACCGAUUACAAUGAUGGAGGACUUUCAUUCACUUUCGGCGGAUAGCACGUCUGACAGCGGUGCUGAAGAUAUAAAACCAUCAGCUAAAAAACGGAAAAUAUCAGCAAGACAACUCAUAGAAGACUGCAAGGCGGAAAAUAGUGUACCAAAAACAUUAGAAGAGACAAAAGAUAUACUCUCCCAAACGAAUCAAUCAAAUGAUGGCCAGAAGUUGGGCACAAAAACUGAACUACCCAAAAGUAUACCCUCCCCCACAACGCCUACGACUAAAUGCGAAAGCAGUCCCAUGCCAGAUACACCAAGUAGCGAUGAGCAUAGCACCUGCGCUCGUACCAGCAUAGUGCAAUGUAAAAACCGCAAAGGCAGUAUUACAAGCCCAGCCUUAGCACAUGAAUCGCCGCCAAGUGCGAAAAGCAAUGCCACGGUGGACCUCAACAAAACAAAUGAAAAUACAAAAGCAAUCAGCCAGACAGAGAGAACGGAAGGAGAAGACGUACGCCACACACCGUCCGUCAAAUCAAACCUCAGCAACAACUUAAAGGAUCUUCCGAGAGCAGAAGCAAUAAGCAAAAGUGAAACUAAAAACGAUUCUGUAAGCCAAACACCCACCAAAUCACCACGCUCUCGAGUACCACCAAAACCAAUGUUAGCUGUAGCACCAACGUUACUUCCUCAAAAUGCGCACCGUUUUCAUCCAUAUCAUAACCCUCAAACAGCGCCAAAUGUGGGAAGCACUCAUAAAAGUAAAGUGACGCCUGAACGACAACGUCGUGACAGUCUGCUAUCAACGCCCGAAAAUAACUCAAACAGAAAGAGGGAAUCUGUUAAAUCGGCUGAUAAGACUACGCCGCAACGCAAUGCAACAACACGAUCAUCAUUAAUGCAAUCACGACUCUCCUCACCAAGGUAUCAGUCUUCCUUCGGUACGCCACCAAUAAUUACCGACCCAGCAUCGGCUAAACUAACAGCCGAAGAAGAGGCGGAUAUAGCGCGUAAACUGACGGAAUACCGCACCAAUUUACCGCCAGCGAAAACUUAUGGCGCACAUAAAGAAAAUCAACGCUUAGUCAAUUUGUAUGGAGAAAUAUUGCGCCUCGAGUAUGCAGAGCGUGCAAUUCGUCGCAAAGCCAAACAAUUACGUAACACUCAACGUCUGAAACGCAAACUCCAAACCGAAUCGAAUCAGGCGCGUUGCAAGAAAUCCUUAGAGCAUAGAGAAAAACCAGAUGCCACGAAUAGUAGUAAUGGUAAUAAGAUAAGUGAUGGUGAUGGUGAUGGUCAUCGCCAGCAUAGAUCUAAACAGCAAUCACAAUAUGUAAAUAAAUUUGGUGAAAUCGAAAAAUUAGUCGAAAAAGAAAAGGUCACGGAAGAUACGGAAGCGAAAUGUUCAGUUCCAUUAACGGCAUCAACGGCUUGGGAGCCCAAAAUGCCAACCGGCCAUGAAUUAAUUGAACUCCUCAGUAAAACAAAGAAAUCGUAGACCAAAUAAGAAUGGUUAACAAAUGCAUAAGUUGUUGUUGUUGUCGCAGGUAAAUGCUUCGAUGGGUGAACUAAGAAAUUGUACAGAAAGAAUUAGCGUAAAGCACGAAAUGUACAAAAUAUUUAUAUAAAAGUUAUCAGAACUCAGCUACAAAAAUAUGUUCUACAUAAGUAGCCACAGAGAAAGACAUUUUCAGGGUUUUGUAACCGUUAGUACUAUUAUAUUCAUGCCCUGAUAUACCCUAGGAUUCCAAGAAGUCCGUGACACCCAAAAGAAAACGACGGAAAUCCUAUAAAGUAUACAUAUAUACAUAUAAAUAUAUAAAUGAUCAGUUUGAUGAGCUGCGUUAAUUUAACAAUGUCCGUCUGUCUCUCCGUAUAUAAGCGAAUUAGUCCCUCAGUUUUUGAUAUAUCCAACUGAAAUUGUGCACAUAUCCUUUUCUCCCCAAGCAGCUACUCGUUUAUCAGAGUCAAUUAUAUUGAAGCACUAUUGGUGGCCAUACAAAAUUAUCGACCAACAACAAGUCCUUGUGUGAACAACUUUUCAUUUGUCAAGAUAUCUUUACGAAAUUUUACUUGGACAACAUUACAAUCUCCGGAUAAACAUAAUUAUUGUUCAAAUCGGGUUACUACCGUAUAUAUAUAUAUUAAUAUGUAUAUACAUAUUUACAUAGGUGUCAUAGAAAAUGACCGUUUAAAAAGAAAUUCUUGUAUCAAGUUUUUUAUUUAUAUUGUAAAGGGUACUGCAGCUUUGGUUCAACCGAAGUUAACCUUUUUAUCCUUAUUAGCUUCUUUGACUUAGAUUUGAAGCUGUUUAUAGAUGUUAGAAUAGUUUUUGUAGCAACACCGAUUAAAAUGUAGAAUUGCUUGUCUCUUUUUAUAAGCAACUAUCUUAUUUUUCUGCAAAUAAAUUAAAAGACAGCCAACUAUUGUAAGGAUAACUCGUAAACCCAAACUCUUUUCGCUAAUAUAUACCACUGCUAAUCUUUUUCUCCCAUCUUAAAAGUGACAGUUCAUUGCUUUCAAUAUAUGGCUUACAAAUUGGUAUGCCACAUAAUGUAUUCCAUUAGCAAUAUGGAGUAUCCACAGGCAAUACGUACAGCCAUACAGUUAGUAUAAAAUAAAUUUUUGCCUGUCGAGAUGCCCCGUAAUGACAAGAAUUCUCCAGUUAGGUGCAGAGUAAUAUCUCUUUAGUUGCACUUUCAAAACAGUCGGGUCCAUGUAACCGAAAUAGACCCGAAUUUUUAUUCGACUAAGAACUCUCAACUCUCAACAUUCUUCAAAAUUAUUCCACCGUUACGACAACAAGAAAUUCCGAAUAAAUCAACAUAUGAUGGCACAUGGCGAAUAUUAUGCUCUUGGCAUAACUGUGCUCUCUACACCAUAUGUUUUAUUUGAAAAAAAAAAUAUAUAUAAAAAUUGUCUCGAAAAGUUCUGUUUAGUUGUUAUAGUAUUUUGCUCGUGUUUUACCAACAGUUACAUUACUUUAUGACAUUUUACUGCCAUUAUUUUUAUAAUAGCGAGUUUUUAACGUGUUUCCAUAUAAAUUCUCUACGGGAGCAGAACACUCAUUAUGAUCGGUUGAACGCGCAAAAUAUUGAUUUCUUACUCGUAAAUAUUACGAACGCUUUAUUAUUGUAAAAUACCAUUUAAACUACGCUUUGGCAUUAAGCCAACAUUGUAAUUAUCUACAUACAUACGUAAGAGUAACUCAAAUAUUAAGAAUUAGUUUAUAUAGCUUAAGCUUAUCAAGUUAAUUUAUAUAUGUAGCUUAAGAACAAAAUUAAUAUUUUA